AUGGCAAGAAAGAAGUUGAAAAACUUUACUCCUUUGGAGCUUGUGCUCAGCGUUCUUGUGCUUGUGUUGUUUAUCAUUGCUGUUGUGCUAAUUGUGCUUUUAGUCAAAAGUUCUACAGAAUCAAAAGCCCCAGAGUCUGGGACAACUAGUACCCCAGAGUCUGGAACAAGUACCACCCCUGAUUCUGCUGAGUGCCAAGUGGUAAACGAAUCGGAAAGGAUAAACUGCAUCCCUGACCAGUCACCAACAAAGGCCACAUGUGACCAGCGUGGCUGCUGCUGGGUACCUCAGGAAGCUACAAGUGUCCCUUCGUGCUACUAUUCCAAAAAUAAUGGGUACCAAAUGGAGGGAGAUCUUGUAGACACAAAUGCAGGAUUCACAGCCCAGUUGAGAGGUCUGCCUUUUUCAUCCCCGUUUGGAAAUGAUGUUGACAAUGUCCUUCUCACAGCAGAAUACCAGACAUCCAACCGUUUCCACUUUAAGUUGACUGACGAAACCAAGGACAGAUAUGAAGUGCCCCAUGAACAUGUGCAACCCUUCACUGGGAAUGCUGCUUCUUCCUUGACCUACGAAAUUGAGGUCUCCAAACAGCCAUUUAGCAUCAAAGUGAUCAGAAGAAGUAACAGUCGUGUUCUGUUUGACUCCAGCAUCGGACCCCUCCUGUUUGCCGAUCAGUUCCUGCAGUUCUCCAUCCGACUGCCUAGUGCUAACGUGUAUGGUCUGGGGGAACACGUGCACCAACAGUACCGGCAUGACAUGAAUUGGAAGACCUGGCCCAUAUUUAACAGGGACACAACCCCCGAUGGGGAUGGAACUAACUUGUAUGGUGCACAGACAUUCUUCCUUUGCCUUGAAGAUGCUACUGGACUGUCCUUUGGGGUGUUUCUGAUGAACAGCAAUGCCAUGGAGGUUGACCUCCAGCCUGCCCCAGCAGUCACUUACCGCACCAUUGGGGGCGUUCUCGACUUCUAUGUGUUCUUGGGAGACACUCCAGAGCAAGUUGUGCAAGAAUACCUAGAGCUCAUCGGACGACCAGUCCUACCCUCAUACUGGGCACUUGGAUUUCACCUCAGUCGUUAUGAUUAUGGAACCCUAGAUAACAUGAAAGAAGUCGUGGAGAGAAACCGUGACGCACAACUCCCUUAUGAUGUACAGCAUGCUGAUAUAGAUUAUAUGGAUGAGAGAAAGGACUUCACUUAUGAUCCAGUGAAUUUUAAAGACUUCCCUGAGUUUGUUAACGACUUACACAGUAACGGACAGAAAUUAGUCAUCAUUGUGGAUCCAGCCAUCUCCAACAACUCUUCCCUAAGCAAUCCCUAUGGCCCCUAUGACAGGGGUUCAGAUAUGAAGAUAUGGGUGAAUGAUUCAGAUGGAGUGACUCCAAUCAUUGGGGAGGUCUGGCCUGGAAAAACUGUGUUUCCUGAUUACACCAACCCUAACUGUGCUGUUUGGUGGACAGAGGAAUUUGAGCUUUUCCACAGUCAAGUGGAGUUUGAUGGGAUUUGGAUUGAUAUGAAUGAAGUGGCCAAUUUUGUUGAUGGUUCAGUUUCAGGAUGUUCCACGAGCAGCCUAAAUUAUCCCCCAUUUACUCCUAGCAUCCUGGAUGUGUACCUGUUCCACAAGACCCUCUGCAUGGAUGCAGUGCAGCACUGGGGAAGACAAUAUGAUGUCCACAAUCUGUAUGGCUACUCCAUGGCCAUUGCCACUGCAGAUGCUGUCAAGACUGUGUUUCCUAAUAAGAGAAGCUUCAUUUUAACCCGUUCUACCUUUGCGGGAUCUGGCAAGUUUGCAGCCCAUUGGCUAGGAGACAAUGCUGCCACCUGGGAUGACCUUCAGUGGUCCAUCCCUGGCAUACUUGAGUUCAAUCUUUUUGGUAUUCCAAUGGUGGGUCCUGAUAUAUGUGGCUUUUCACUGGACACCUCUGAAGAGCUCUGCAGGCGGUGGAUGCAGCUAGGAGCAUUUUAUCCAUUUUCCAGGAAUCACAAUGGCCAAGGCUACAAGGACCAGGAUCCUGCCGCCUUUGGAGCUGACUCCCUGCUGUUAAAUUCCUCCAGGCAUUACCUGAACAUUCGCUACACUCUACUGCCCUAUCUCUAUACUCUCUUCUACCGCGCUCACAGCCGGGGGGACACAGUGGCCAGGCCCCUUCUGCAUGAGUUCUACGGGGACAGCAGCACUUGGGAUGUGCACCGACAGUUUUUGUGGGGGCCGGGCCUCCUCAUCACUCCAGUACUGGAUGAGGGUGCAGAGAAAGUGACAGCAUAUUUGCCUGAUGCUGUCUGGUAUGACUAUGAGACAGGAGAACGGGUGAGAUGGAGGAAGCAGAGCAUCGAGAUGGAACUUCCUGGAGACAAAAUCGGACUUCACCUUCGAGGAGGCUACAUCUUCCCCACGCAACAGCCAAAUGCAACCACCGUGGCCAGUCGACAGAACCCUCUUGGUCUUAUCAUCGCCCUAGAUGAGAACAAAGAAGCAAAAGGUGAACUUUUCUGGGAUGAUGGGGAAACGGAAGAUACUGUGGCUAAUAAUGCUUAUAUUUUAUGUGAGUUUUCCUUCACCCAAAACUACUUGGAUGUGAAGGUUUUACAAUCAAACUACCAGGACCCCAAUAAUUUAGCAUUUAAGGAGAUUAAAAUCCUUGGGACACAGGAACCUAGCAAUGUUGUAGUGAAACACAAUGGUGUCCAAAGUCAAACUUCUCCUACAGUCACUUAUGAUUCUGAUGUGCAGGUUGCCAUUAUCAAAGAAAUUGAUCUCCUCUUGGGAGAAGCAUACACAGUGGAGUGGGAUGUAAAGAUAAAGGAAGAAGAAAAAAUAGACUGUUAUCCUGAUGAGGAUGGUAUUUCUGCAGAAAACUGUGAGGCCCGUGGCUGUGUCUGGAAGGUAACCAUGUUUUCUGGGGCUCCUUUCUGCUAUUUUGUUACUGAUCUAUACGAUGUCAGCGAUGUUCAGUAUAGUUCACAUGGGGCCACAGCUGACAUCUCCUUAAAGUCUUAUUCUGCCAACACCUUGCCCUCCACACCUGUGAAUCCCCUCCGCCUGCAGGUGACCUAUCAUAAGAAUGAAAUGCUGCAGUUUAAGAUUUAUGAUCCCAACAACAAACGGUAUGAAGUCCCAGUCCCUCUGAACAUACCCGAUGUUCCAUCCAGCACUUCUGAGAGUCAACUCUAUGACGUGCUCAUUAAGAAGAAUCCAUUUGGGAUUGAAAUUCGCCGGAAGAGUACAGGCACUGUAAUCUGGGACUCUCAGCUGCUUGGCUUCACCUUCAAUGACAUGUUCAUCCGCAUCUCCACCCGCCUUCCCUCUGGAUACCUCUAUGGUUUUGGGGAAACUGAGCACACAGCCUUUAGGAGAGAUUUAAACUGGCACACAUGGGGGAUGUUUUCCCGAGACCAACCCCCUGGGUACAAGAAGAAUUGCUAUGGUGUCCACCCCUACUACAUGGCACUGGAGGAGGAUGGCAGUGCCCACGGAGUGCUCCUGCUGAACAGCAAUGCCAUGGAUGUGACAUUCCAGCCCCUGCCUGCCUUGACAUACCGCACCACAGGAGGAAUUCUGGACUUUUAUGUGUUCUUGGGGCCAACUCCAGAGCUUGUCACUCAGCAGUACACUGAGGUGAUUGGUCGUCCUGUGAUGGUACCUUAUUGGGCCUUGGGGUUCCAGCUGUGUCGCUAUGGAUACCAGAAUGACACUGUGAUUGCCAGCUUAUACGAUGAGAUGGUGGCCCACCAGAUCCCUUAUGAUGUGCAGUACUCAGACAUCGACUACAUGGAGCGGCAGAUGGAUUUCACUCUUAGCCCCGAGUUUGCUGGACUUCCAGCUCUGAUCGAUCGCUUGAAGGCCGAUGGGAUGCGGGUCAUCCUCAUUCUGGAUCCAGCCAUUUCUGGCAAUGAGACACAGCCCUAUCCUCCCUUCACUCGGGGUCUGGAGGAGGAUGUCUUCAUCAGAUACCCAGAUAGUGAAGACAUUGUCUGGGGAAAGGUCUGGCCUGAUUACCCUGAUGUUUUUGUUAACAAUUCUCUAGACUGGGACAGUCAAGUGGAGCAAUACCGAGCUUAUGCGGCCUUCCCAGACUUUUUCCGUAAUUCAACUGUCACAUGGUGGAAGAGGGAGAUGGAAGAAAUGUACACCAAUCCGGAGAAUCCAGAGAAGAGCUUGAAGUUUGAUGGCAUGUGGAUUGAUAUGAAUGAGCCGGCAAACUUUGUGAAUGGGGCGGUUCCUCCAGGCUGCAGGAAUGCCUCUCUGAAUCAUCCUCCCUACAUGCCACAUCUGGAGUCCAGAAGCGAUGGCCUGAGCAGCAAGACCCUGUGCAUGGAGAGCCAGCAGAUCCUGCCGGAUGGCACCCCGGUGCGGCACUAUGAUGUGCACAGCCUGUACGGGUGGUCCCAGACCAGACCCACAUACGAAGCUGUGCAGGAAGUGACAGGACAGCGAGGAAUCAUCAUCAGUCGCUCCACAUUCCCCUCUUCUGGCCGCUGGGCAGGACACUGGCUGGGAGACAACACAGCUGCAUGGGACCAGCUGAAGAAAUCCAUCAUUGGCAUGAUGGAGUUCAGCCUCUUUGGCAUAUCCUAUACAGGAGCAGAUAUCUGUGGCUUCUUUCAAGAUGCUGAAUAUGAGAUGUGUGCUCGCUGGAUGCAGCUGGGGGCAUUUUACCCCUUCUCGAGGAACCACAACGGCGAGGGGAACAAGAGACAAGACCCUGUAUCCUGGAAUGAUACCUUUGUUAAUAUUUCCAAAAGUGUCCUGCAAACCAGAUACACCCUGUUGCCGUAUCUCUACGCCUUGAUGCACAGGGCCCACACGGAGGGCAUCACCGUUGUGCGGCCUCUUCUCCAUGAGUUUGUGUCAGACCAGGUGACCUGGGACAUAGACGAUCAGUUCCUGCUGGGCCCAGCCUUCCUGGUCAGCCCUGUCCUGGAGCCCAAUGCUGAAACCGUCACUGCUUAUUUCCCUAAUGCCCGCUGGUAUGACUACUACACGGGUGUGGAUGUUAAUGCAAGGAAACAGUGGAAGAACUUGCCAGCCCCUCUAGACCACAUUAAUCUUCAUGUCCGUGGAGGCUACAUCCUGCCCUGGCAAGAGCCUGCACUGAACACUCACUUAAGUCGCCAGAAAUUCAUGGGCUUCAAGGUUGCCUUGGACGAUGAGGGAUCUGCUGAGGGCUGGCUCUUCUGGGAUGACGGAGAAAGCAUUGAUACCUAUGAAAAAGGACUCUACUACUUCGCCACCUUUUCUGCCAGCCAGAAUACAAUGCAGAGUAAUAUAAUUUUCAACAAUUACAUCAAUGAUAUAAACCCUUUGAAACUGGGCUACAUUGACAUCUGGGGAGUGGACAGUGUCCCCAGUACUAGUGUCAGCAUCUCUGUGAGUAGCACGGUCAUGACGCUGACUUCCAACUAUGACUCUACAACACAGGUGUUAAGCAUUGAUGUGACUGACAAAGACAUCAGCCUACAUAAUUUCAUUUCUUUGACAUGGGGAAGCACUCUGUGA